GUGUCUGACGCCGACGGACCUACGGCAUCACGGAUAGCUUUUGGCCCGUUGCCGCCCUUCCUUCGUUUGCUGGGUCUAGCUUUGUUUUUUUUUUUUUCUGAGUUUUUGGGAGGAGGACAAGUGCAAGAUUAAAACCCAAGCCCGUUCCCUUCCUUCUCCCUCCCGACUCUCUACUCUUCUCGGGAUUUCUCUUUGUGGCUUUUUUUCAAUUUACAUUUUUGGCGGGGUUGGUUGUAUCACCACCGACGAAAACACUCACUCAGGAUCAAUCGAGUCGCAUUUGAUCUUGCAUAUCAUUUUGUACAACCCGAUAUUCAGGUCGAGGUCGCCAGUCCCGACACCACAUUCCGUCUCCACCAAUCCUCCGGGCCGGCGCCGAUUGCUUUCUCGUCUCCACCUCUCCGUUCCGGGGCCCCGAUUCAACCCCGAUGUACACUACGGGAUCACCACUUCUAUAAUAAUCCAUCGCAAUCGAACAACCCACACAAUGUCUACAACAGCCCCGGCCGGCCUACCGGCCUCCACACCCCAAUUCCAUCCGGGGUACGACACCUGCACCAAAGUGACGGCCAUCUGCCGCGUCGAAUACACCACCCUCGGUUACUACCCCAACCAAGGCGUCAACAUCUUUUUGGCCAUCGGCUUCGGUUUGUGUGCCAUUAUAACGCUUGCCACGGGUAUCUGGAAGCGAACGUGGGGCUACUCUAUCGCCAUCACAGCGGGGUGUAUUUUGGAGUGUGCUGGCUACGCAUCCCGCGCCCUCCUCUCCCUCAACCCCUGGAACGGCUCCGCAUUCAAGACCCAAAUCGUCUCCAUCAUCCUCGGCCCCACCCUCAUCUGCAUCGGCCUCUACCUAACCCUCAAACACAUCAUCGCCUCUUUGUCUCCAUCCUUAUCCCCCUUCCGCCCGCGCUUUUAUCCUCUCUUCUUCGUCCCCGCCGACGUUUCUUGCUUGGUAAUCCAAGCCAUAGGCGGAGGCAUCGCCGCCUCGGCCGGCAAAGAUAACUACACUCUUCUGCAACACGGUAACCGCGUCAUUAUAGCCGGUAUCGUCCUCCAAGUCGUCGUGCUGGGGGCAUUCGGGGGUCUAUCUAGUAUUUUUCUGCUUCGUGCCAAAAAGUACUUUGGUAGUUUGUCCGAGACAACCAUGGAAAAACAGACGUGGCAAGAUAAGAAAACGAGAAUGUUUCUCUGGGCCAUGGCGGGCGGGUACGCGACGUUGUUGAUUCGGUGCAUUUAUCGGAUUGCGGAGAUGGCGGGCGGCUGGGGAAACGAGAUCAUGCAGGAUGAGCCGAGUUUUGUGGUGCUGGAGAGUUUCAUGGUGUUGAUUGCUUGUGUGCUGUUUACGGCGUUUGCGCCGGGCGUGUGGUUUCCGUGGAUGAGUCAUUCCGAAAAGGUGAAUCCUGGGUUGAGGGCGGAGAGGGAAAGAGGGGUUGGUCAGGAGAUGGGGGAGACGAGUUCGGGAAAUGAAAAGGUUGUUUCUGUGUAAGAGGGAAGGGACUCAGUGGUGAUGAUGGGGAUGGGACGACAAUGGAUGGAUGAUGUGUUGGAUGCCUUGAGAUGGUUGAUUUUUCUUUCCAGGUUAUAGAUGGGAUAUCACUGAAGCGUUUACUAUUUGUUUGAUGCAUGCAGUACCGGACAUUAGUGAGAGCAGUUCUUCUAUGGACCAGUCAGCUCGAGACACGAGAGCUUGUAGCAGAAUCAACUGGAUGACCAUCAUAGUUCAUCAAUCCCAUAGCAUCAUGAAUUCAAGU